CUGCUGCCAAUAGGAAAAUAAGGGGAGGGGGGGGGUCCCGGUCCCUUUGGGAUGUCGCUCCUAUCGUCCCCUUGUCAUGGCCGGGCUGGUGGCUGUCUGGGGCUUCGUCUGGACUUUGUCUGCUCUGGCUGCCGAUGCCUCCGAGGCCGAGGGCCAGCUGUUGGGGGUGCUGUUCCAGAACUACUCGGCUUCUGUUAUCCCGCGGCGCAAUCCUAACGACCGGGUCCCCGUCCGGAUCGGGAUGUCCCUCUCGCAGCUCAUCAGUCUGAAUGAAAAAGACGAAAAACUGACUGUCAAAGUCUACCUGAAUCUGGAAUGGAUCGAUUAUCGCUUCACCUGGGAUCCCAAGGAUUUCCAAGGGAUCACCUCCGUGCCCAUUUUUUCCAGCGACGUCUGGCUUCCGGAUAUAGUCCUGAUGAACAAUUACGACGGUGUCUUUGAAAUCGCUCUCCCAGUCAACGUCCUGGUGAGCCAUGAUGGAAGGGUGCAAUGGCAGCCCCCGGCUCUCUAUCAGACCAGCUGCAGCAUCCAGGUGACCUACUUCCCCUUCGACUGGCAAAACUGCACCCUGGUCUUCCGCUCUUUCAGCUACGACUCCUCCGAGCUCUCCCUCCUGCACCCGCUCAACAAGGACGGGAAGGAGCUGAAGGAGAUCAUCCUCCACGAAAACACCUUCAUCGACAACGGUCAGUGGGAGAUCCGGCACCGCCCCUCCCGCAAGAACACCCUCCCCGGGGACCCCAUUUACGAGGACAUCACCUUCUACCUCAUCAUCCGCCGGAAGCCCCUCUUCUACCUCAUCAACGUCAUCAUCCCCUGCAUCCUGAUCACCAUCCUGGCCAUCUUCGUCUUCUACCUCCCUCCCGAAGCCGGUGAGAAGAUCACCCUGUCCAUCUUCGCCCUCCUGACGCUGACCGUCUUCCUACUGCUUCUGGCCGACAAGGUGCCCGAGACCUCCCUGGCCGUGCCCAUCAUCAUCAAGUACCUGAUGUUCACCAUGACCCUGGUCACCUUCUCCGUCAUCCUCAGCGUCGUGGACCUCAACCUCCACCACCGCUCCCCCAGCACCCACCAGAUGCCCGCCUGGGUCCGGCAGAUCUUCAUCCACAAGCUCCCUCCGUAUUUGGGGUUGCGGCGCCCCAAACCAGAGCCCGUUCUGAAGCCCCCUCCUCUGCCCCCAAGGCCAGAGUUUGCCGUGAAAGCCAACCGCAGAACGGAUGAGUAUUUCAUCCGCACCCCUGCCUACGAGUUCCCCAAACCCAACAGGUUCCAGCUGGAGGCCUUCUCCACGGACAUGAAAAAAUUCAUUGAUGGUCCCAGCAGCCACAGCGUCACCCUCCCUCCGGACCUGAAGUCGGCCAUGAGUGCGGUUCUGUACAUUGCAGAGCAGCUCCAGGAGGAGGAGGAUUACGAUGCGCUGAGGGAGGACUGGGAAUACGUGGCCUUCGUGGUGGACCGCCUCUUCUUCUGGACCUUCAUCAUCUUCACCUCCAUCGGGACCCUCAGCAUCUUCAUGGACGCCCUCCUCCACCUGCCUCCGGACCAGCCCUUCCCUUGAAAUGCUAGGCAGCCGUCCUUGGAAAACUGGACAUCAUCCAACCAGAUUAUGGAAUGAAGGCCCUUCAACCCCACUUGGACUGCCGUGGCUCCAUGCCAUGGAAUCACUGCAAGAUCUGCUUUGUCUUUGCACCUACACCGUGGAAUUAAAGUUGUUUUGACACCCGUUAAUGGGCAAUGAUUUAAUGCUAUGGAAUCCUGGGAGUUGUAGUUUGGUGGAACCACUAUGAGUCUCCUUCAGGAGAGAUCAAGCAUGGUAUAAAUAAAUAUAAAUAUAAAAUAAUAAUAAUAAUAAUAAUAAUAAUAAUAAUAAUAAUAAUAAUAAUAAUAAUAUAGAGCCCCAGCCUUUUGCAAGGAAGGCUCCAGACCUUGGGAAAACUACAAACCUCAGGGUUCUAUAGCAUGGAAAAGUUUGCAAAAGUUUGCAAAACUUACCUGAUCAUCAUAAUCAUAAUCAUCACCAUUAUUAUUAUUAUUAUUAUUAUUAUUAUUAUUAUUAUUAUUAUUAUUAUUAUUAUUAUUAAAAGUAACUUUGGAAUUUCCGUUAUGUUAAUAAUGUCCCAGUUUGGUGAUUCUGGGCAUUGUAGUUUUACGGAGCCACUUUGAGUCUCCUUUGGGAGAGAUCAAGCAUGGUAUAAAUAAAUAUAAAUAUAAAAUAAUAAUAAUAAUAAUAAUAAUAAUAUAGAGCCCCAGCCUUUUGCAAGGAAGGCUCCAGACCUUGGGAAAACUACAAACCUCAGGGUUCUAUAGCAUGGAAAAGUUUGCAAAAGUUUGCAAAACUUACCUGAUCAUCAUAAUCAUAAUCAUCACCAUUAUUAUUAUUAUUAUUAUUAUUAUUAUUAUUAUUAUUAUUAUUAUUAUUAAAAGUAACUUUGGAAUUUCCGUUAUGUUAAUAAUGUCCCAGUUUGGUGAUUCUGGGCAUUGUAGUUUUACGGAGCCACUUUGAGUCUCCUUUGGGAGAGAUCAAGCGGGGUAUAAAUAUAAUAAUAAUAAUAAUAAUAAUAAUAAUAAUAAUAAUAAUAAUAAUAAUAACAACAACAAUAAUAUAGAGCCCCAGCCUUUUGCAAGGAAGGCUCCAGACCUUGGGAAAACUACAAACCUCAGGGUUCCAUAACAUGGAAAAGUUUGCAAAAAUUGCCUGAUUAUUAUUAUUAUUAUUAUUAUUAUUAUUAAAAUAUCUUUGGGAUUUCCGUUAUGUUAAUAACUUCCCAAUUUGGGGAUUCUGGCCAUUGUAGUUUGGUGGAGCCGCUUUGAGUCUCCUUCGGGAGAGAUCAAGCAGGGUAUAAAUAUAACAACAACAACAACAACAACAACAACAACAACAACAAUAUAGAGCCCCAGCCUUCUUUUGCAAGGAAGGCUCCAGACCUUGGGAAAACUAUAAACCCCAGGCCUCCAUAGCAUGGAAAAGUUUGCAAAAGUUACCUAAUCAUUAUUAUUGUUAUUAUUGUCAUUAUUAAAAAAACAUGUUAUGUCAGCAUGGAAAAGUUUGCAAAAAUUUGCAAAAGUUACUUGAUUAUCAUUAUUAUUAUAAACGUCAUCAUCAUCAAGCCCCAGCCUUCUUUUGCAGGGAAGGCUCCAGACCUUGGGAAAACUAUAAACCCCAGGGUUCCAUAGCAUGGAAAAGUUUGCAAAGGUUUGCAAAAGUUACCUUAUUAUUAUUAUUAUUAUUAUUAUUAUUAUUAUUAUUAUUAUUAUUAUUAUUAUUAAAAAUACCUUUGAGAUUUCCGUUAUGUUAAUAACUUCCCAAUUUGGGGAUUCUGGGCAUUGGAGUCCAGAAUUGUAGAUAGUAAGCGCAAGGGGUGAUUUAAGUACAGUUUAAACCAAUGGGUUCCAAAGUCAACAAGAACCGAGUUCAAGUUAAACAUUACUCAGAUGGGGAAUAUCAAUGGCAUUCUAGUUACAGAAUAAACUGCAAGUCAAGUGUUUUCUUCAUUGCAGAAUGAAUGUACUUCGACCCCACUUUUAAUUACGACUAUGUGGCUCAAUGCUAUAGAAUGCUGG